AUGGAUGAAUAUUAUUGUACCGCACAUCCUUCAAUCGAUUGUGAUGCAUUAUGCGACAAUGACCCGUAUCUUAAUAUAGAAUUCAAUUACACCAUUAUCAGUGUUCCAAGUGAUAAAAUGGUGCCAUCUUUAAGUGAAACCAAAAGUUACGUUCUUUGUUAUGUGUCAAAAGAUAAAGAGAUCCAAAAAGCUAUCAUUCUAGCAUGGCUUUCUGAAAUAGAUGUUCCUGAAGAUGCUUUUACCAUGGUGCUAAAAGAAAUUUCGCAAUGUGUAAGUGAGAUGAUUGAUGGGAUAUAUAAGAACUCGAAAGAUCUUUCUAUUCGAGUUGAUUUUUCUGUUACACGGAAUAUUAAAGAGGGUGAUGAAGAUGAAGGUCACGAGGAAAUGGAGGUUGAAGAAGAUGAAGAUAAUGAAUCAAGAAGGUCUACUGAAGAUUAUCGUCGUGGAAAUGAUUAUGGAGAUUCAUGGAGUUCGAAUAGGGAAGAGGAUAUGGGAAUUGAAGAUGGUAGUAUAUUCGUUCUUGACGUUGCAAGUGAUGAAGAUGAAUGGGAGUAUGGUUGGGAAGAGGGAAUAGAGAUGGAACAAGAUAUUAGAUUUAUUCCUGCGGCUAAAUCGUGUAUUGAGGGAUUGAAGAUGGUGACAGUUGAAGAGGCGGAAAAAUGUAGUAUUUGUUUCGAAGAUUUUAAGGUUGGUGUCUGUCUGUCAUGUUCGCAUAUGUUUCAUAAGGAUUGUAUUCAAGAUUGGUUGAACAUAGGCAAUUCUUGUCCCUUGUGUAGGUUUCAAUUGCCUACUACUAAUAGUAAUGACACAAAUGAAUAA